UAUACGUCAUUGAGGUGCAUUUGUGCGAUAGAUUAUUUAAUUAACCAUGCUAUACAGCCACAUGAAAAUCUUACAGAUAUAGCAAAACUAUCAAUAUUCAAUCGAGGUUUAAAUAUAUUCAGACAAGCUUCGUCUGUCAUUGGAAGGAGCAGCCUGGACAUUGGAAUUUAGCUGAAGGGUGACUGCCGCUGAUCCUUGAUGGGCGAAUCAGGGUCGCGCCGCUCCACGCUCGUCUCCAGGCUGCCCAUCUUCAGGCGGAGCGUAAGUAAGAGGCAGGACUCGUUGCCCUCCUCCCCAUCCUCGGCCGGCGUGGGCAAUGGCGUUCACACCUCGUCCCCCUCCAGCACCAACUCCAGCAACAGCAGCACGGGCAAGCGCCGCAGCCUGUUCCGUACGCCCUCCAUCAGCUUCAGCAGCAAGAGGAACAGUGAGCCGCCACGCAUCCAGACCCCUCCUCUGGACCCAGCCCAGGACACCAACAGCAGCCAGAACAACCCUCCGCUGGGCUUCCAAGAUGGCGCUGUGCUUCCACGGGCCAAGACGCGCCACUCCUUUGGCUUUGGGGGCCACCGGCAGAAGAAGAUCACCCGCUCGCAGACUGAAGACUUUGAGAAGGUGACCUCCACGGUCAAUAGGAACGUGUUCAUCAACUGCAUCAGCUCAGGUACCAACGAGGGCGAUGACUCGGGGUAUCUGGAUGACUUCAGCGGUGAGAGCAAGCGCUCGUACAGGCAGAAGAAACAGCUGCUGCCCAAGUCCUUUUCUGCCCACCACCGCUUCUCCAAAACUCUGAGCAGUGCAAGCCCCCUGGUGAGUGUAGUGCCCCCGACGUCAGAGGGUACCCCGGGCUCGUGGCCAGGCGAGCUGCUGGGGGAGAGCUCCCUGCAGUCGCCCAUGUUGUCUGAGGACCGCACCACGGCCCUCACCCCCUCUGAGUUUAAUGUCCCCAUCACAGAGGACUCUGUGUCCGAGGUGGAUGUGCUGCUUGCCCCCAGCCUCGCCGCCACGCCAGACAACUUCAGCCACGUCGUCUCUACCUCCCAGGUGUUCUUCAUGCCUGCCCAAGCUGCCACAGACAAGCCCCUUCUGCCAGACACCAGCACCGCAAACACCACAGAGUGUGAGACUGCAGUCCCUGUCACAGAACCAGCAACAGCUGCAACACCACCAAUGCCACCGGAACAACAAACACAAUCGCAGGAAGAGAAGGAAGAAGAGGAAGAGGAGAAGGAGGAUGUUAUGAUGGUGGAGGAGGUCAGACCAGCGCAGACAGAGACUAGUGAGAGCGAGGCAGGCCCAGUGCGUAGUAAAGGCUACCAUUCCAAUCCAGAGCAGUCUGAGAGGAGGUCCAGGAACACAGUGUUCAUCCAGGAACCAGGCAAGGGAGCGUGCUGCGGUAGACAUGAACCCAGGUCAUGCCACCUGAGGAAACCCCACACAGUGUCCAUGUGCAGCAGCAGCGCCAGCCCCUACCACGAGGUGAUGCGCAUGGAGCGCCGCCUACGUUCCUCCUCGGAGGGUGCCGGGGGGCCACGGGGGCUCCACCUCAACCUCAAAGAUCCCCAUUGCACUGCCGAGGGGAGCGUGCUGCUGAAACAGAGGACCAACUCGUCGUCCUCCAAGCUUGGCAGCCUCGAUGUACUGAACAAUCUGGGCUCGUCUGAGCUGGAUGAGGAUGAUCUGAUGUUGGACCUGGACCUCUCUGAUGACCAACGCCAGCGUCACGUAUUCCGAGAGGACUCCAGCCAGUCCCUAGCCUCCUGCCUGAACCUGAUGCACUCCCCACUGGAGCCCAAUGUCGACAGGGUCCCUGGCAGGGAGCCCAGAGACACCACCACCAUCCACAGGGAGCCUUGCCGGCCGACCACCCUGCUGCCGGCUGACUGGUGCCUGGGCCGGGAGGACGAGGCCCCGGGGCUGGAGGCACUACCCCUCAGGCUGAUGCAGCAGGACUGCACUUCCGUCAAGACCCUGCUGCUGCGCCUCCGGAGGACCCUGCAGGAGAGCACUGACACAAGUCCUGCAGGCAGCCUUCAUUCUCUCCCCAUCAGCCCCUGUAGUGAGAAGACGCUGCCCCUAAAGGAGCCGGGGAGGGAAGAGGCUCUGCUGCUGCAGCUGAGGGAGAAGGAUGAGCUGAUCUUCCGACUGCAGGCUGAACUGGAGUGUGCCAAAGCUGCCCUGAAGCCCACCUGCCAAAAACCUGACCGAACUACGCAGACUGACCCACCUGGACCAGAGACCAUCCAUCCAAGCCGAGCAACAAGCCAAAACAGUACCAGCACAAGAGACAGAAGGGUGGCCCGGUCUCUCAACGUGGACCAAUAUAGCCGUGAGGUGGCUGAGCGCUCAACUACCAGUGACGUGCGCCACUGCCCAGCCCCAACCCAAACCCCGCCCCCACCCCUUUCCUCCAGUGGGCCCGUGGGAGGCAGGGACCCUUCAGGGGCCCCCAGGAGACCAGAAGAGGCUCUGUCCUCAUCAUCAGAGGCAGGGGCUCUCAGGAAAAGUGAAUACCCAAACAGCCAGAUCCCCGGGCGAUGGGGAUGGGGGGCAGCAGCUCCAGCCUUCAGAGUCGAGACAGCCCCUGCCGAAGCUGCCUCUCCUCAGACAGCGAGAGAGCCCCCGUGCCGAGCCCCUGCCAGCCUCCUCCUCCCUCCUCCACCACCACCACCUCUUCCUCCUUCACCGGCCGCCUAGGCCAGCCCCCCAGAGGGCCCUUGUCCCUGCACAUGUACAGCCGCAAGAACGUCUUCCUGCAGCACUCGCUCCACACUGCUGAA